AUGGAUUUUAGAGAAGUCGAUCUAGAAACGCCAGCUGGUACUUUGGCUGAUUCAUUGGCUCAAAUAUUUUUAAUGACAACUAACAGCGAACUGCGACAGCAAGCUUAUCAGAUGGUUGGUGUUGAUAAUAAUCGUGAUUUUGCUCUCGCUGUCGAGGCACGUCUCAAUGAAUAUUUUCAAGGCAAACAGCGUAAACUGGAUCGAAGAUCAAUUUUGCAAAUACGGAAAGAGAAAGAUAAUGCAAGUAUAAUUUUGGAACACUUCUUGAAAACCGCAGGUCUACCUCCGGAUGCUGUAAAAAAGUUCUGCUCGAAGAAGUAA